AUGUCUUCCGUGAGGAACAGCGCGAAACGGCAACGCCUCGGCGACAGAUCCUCUAAUAUCGAAGCUGGAACCCAGCUCUCACAGGCACAAUUGGAAGCCAGCACAAAAUACUACGAUCCAGAUCAGGAUGCGGGCCAAAGGAGGCGGGUGCGCAAGGAGUUCAGAGAUCUCACACGGGAUGUGAAUGAUAAUAAGAAUGAAUUACUACAGCCAGGAAAUACUGGUCUCAAAGACACUUUCCUCAAAGCGAAUGAGUUAUUCCAAGACGUCAAACAAACCUCGGACGCGACGAUCGACUCUCGGCUUCUGGUCACCGUAGCGGAUUUGUCGUACAAAAAGACUGCCACGCUGGUACUGGGCGACAACAGCGCGGGGAUUGAUGUUGACGAAUUCGUGUCGAAGUGUAUCUCGUUUAUGCGCGCCGGUCCCGAAGAUCCGAAUGCUUCCGUCAUCACUAGCACACAACGCCGCCGUGCUCCGCGAAGAACACAGGCAGACCUGGACAGUGACGAUGAGGAUGGAGACGGGAUGAACUGGGAUUGGCUUGGACGUGCUGCUUGUUUCCGUCAUAGUUCCCGGCCUGCGGUGUCGGGAUUUCUCCUCGGCCCGCUCUCAGUGCAGAAGCGUACCCGCCAGAUCGCACAGCGACGAGCGCGAGAACCAAUCGACCCGUCUCAGGCGGUUCGGCCGCAAGAGCUCCGAGAGGAAGACCUGGACAAGCGUGAAACAACUAACCUCACAGCUAUGUGCACCAGCAUAAACAAGCUGUUGGGGAAAACGCAAAGCCAUGGCGAAAAGCUUGCUACAGAAGCCAUGCAGGCCCUUGGCGAACCAUCGCCCGAGGAACACGCAGAUAUAUGUGCUCAGUAUAAUAUCGCUAGAGACGCCGGCGUGCCAUUAGCAAAGUUCUGCAUCAAUCCGAGAUCUUUCGGUCAGUCGGUGGAAAACCUGUUCUAUCUCAGUUUCCUGGUCAGAGACGGCACUGUCGGGAUCAGCACCGAUGAUGACGGUGUGCCCACAUUGCAUCCUACCAGGCCCAUGGCCCCAGCUCAAGCUCAACAACGAGGUGCGCAAAAGCACCAGUCCGUGUUCAGUCUCGACUUCGAUAUGUGGCGGGACAUGAUUGAAGCGUACAACAUUGAAAGCUGCAUAAUACCCCAUCGUGAAGAAGAGGAAAACGACACAGCACAAGGAUGGUAUAGUUAA